CUGAAAUUAAGACCUAUAACAAACAACACAACCUCAACAAACUUGAAACGUAGCACCCUUGAAUAGAGUUUCAGAAUGGCAUACCAAAACAACAGUUAUGGUUGGAGUAACAUGCACGAGAUAUACGAACCCGCAUACUAUCCGCGACAUCAUCAUCAAAAGCGUCGUGUUGCAAUAUACGACGAGCCCGUAGUCGAGACAAAUCAAUCUUACCAUGUCCAGGAGAUUGAGACUGAUCCACAAGGUACGAGGUUUGGUGGUCGGAAUUAUAAUACUUAUGAUAGUCAUGAUCAGCAAGAUACGAGGUUUGUUGGUCGGAGUUAUAAUACCUAUGAUAGUGUUGAUCAACAAGAUACGAGGUUUGGCGGUCGGAAUUAUAAUACUUAUGAAAGUGUUGAUCAAGAGGCUGAUGCUUUUAUUCAACAUGAGCAUAGGAGGAUGGCAAUGGCCAAACGUCAUCAAUGAAAAACACUUGAUUCAGCAUUUUGUAUUUUAUCUAUGCAGAGCUUUUAAGUGCAACAUCAUACAUCGAGUGUAAGAGAUCUAUGUUCAAUUGAUAUGAAUUUAGAUCUUGUAAAACUGUUGUAUGAUGCAAUAGUCAUAAAAUCAUAAGUGACAUUUGUCGCUUUAAUGUGUACUCUUAAAAUGGUCAAAAGAUUUUGGGAUGAAAAAAUAUUCCAUGAUUUCUCUGAGCUUAUUUUAAGCUAUAGUAUCAAAUCAAUACAAUAAUCUGCAACCCAAGCACUUGGGCGUGUACUCUUUUUCCCCUCAAUUAUGUUAAAUUAGUCUUAUGUA